AUGAAGUUAAUAUUCAAUUUAUCUCAGAAGAUCUUAACAGAACAUCAUUCAUCCGUGCUCUCUAAAGGGUUAACAUUUGUACCUGUUUCCAGACCAGCUCCACUUCAAGUGGAUAUUGAAUUAUACAAAAUACAACGGACUUUGACGAACUAUGAACGAUGGAAAGAUAAUCCUACUACAGCAGAUACUUCCACUCAAAUUACAAAAAAUCCCUUUAAGAUUAAAUAUAAAGGAGAUCAGAAAACCUCCAACAUUUCCAUUAAAACUUUUAUGCAAUCAGUGAAAAACGAAUCAGAGAUGAUAUUAAAAAAUCCUACCGAUCAUCGACAGAAUCUUUCUAAAGCUGAGAAGAUUGCCUUAAAAGACCUGAUGACUGACCCUAACAUUAUCAUUCGACCCGCCGACAAAGGUGGAGUGAUUGUGGUGAUGGCUUAUGAUAAAUACAAAGAAGAAAUUU